AUGCCCGAACCGGAGGCCACCCCCGAGUUCCAGGCUACUGCUGCCGACCUCUCGCCCUACUGCCCAUCUCCUCUCCACUCCGCCGCUCCAGCCGUUGUACCUGCUCUCCAGGAUACUGCUGAUAUCCUUGAUGCAAUGACCGCCCACACUAAUGGAGUCGCUCAAGGCGACCUAGACGCACCAAUUUCGACCGAACCGUAUGCGCAAGCUGCCACAGACAUCGCGGACGCCGAAGACGACGUCGACAGUCUGGACGAUGCCUACGGCGAGGAAGAGGAGACACACACGGACAAGGUUCAGGAACAGCAGGUGGAGCCAGAUGCCGGCGAGGAUGAUUAUCUCAAGAUCUUCGACUCUCCUCCCCGGGACGCGGAUGAAGAUGGCGCGGAAGAGGAUGAUGUAUCAAAGGCAGCAGAAUCCAUUCAAAAUUCCGCCGCUCCUGAUUCUUUGAAAAGCCCUUCGCAAGUGGCCCCCUCCACCGUCGCUACCGCUGAUUCCUCGUCGGCCACUGCUACUGCUGCAGAACACUCAGCCAAAUCCGCGCCUUCCCAACCAGCUGCCGCCCACCCAGGAGCUGAUUCAAGCGCGCCUCAUUCGACUGCCAACGGCGCCUCCUUCAACGCACGCAAUGACAAUGCUUCCGAGGAUGACCCCGCUGUUGAUAUCUCUCGCCUUGUUGCUGAGAUGACAGGCCAGGCGAGCGAGUCCAGCAACAACCAAUCUCCCACUGGCUCUACUCAGAACCAUGAUGCUCAGCCAUCGUCCAACUUGACCUCGUCUGCGUCUGCCACUCUUCCUCCCAGACCUCCGUUGCCCCAGCAAGCGGCUCCCACAUAUCCAUCUGAAGACUAUCGAGGCUUCCCUCAGACCGCUGCUUCUCAUGUCUCUCCCAACAUGAUUGCUCCGCCCACGCCAGGUCAACCAUCUACUUACGUAGCUACGGGUGCUCCCGGUGCCCCUGGUACCGCAUCCGACAUCUAUGGCAGCCUCCCACCUCCACCCGCCAACGGUUUGAACGCGGCCAUGCCCAUUACUUCGAUGAACGCGCCUCCCUAUCCCACUCCUGGCGGCUACCCCGCCGGCCAGACGGACGAUACUGCUGACCGCCAGAAGCUUUGGGACACCUUCGUAAACGACGAGCGCCGUUACAUGGCUGAUGCCAAAUGGGAUAAAUUCCCCGAUGGCUCACGCAUCUUCAUUGGCAACCUGUCGAGCGAACGCGUUUCCAAGCGGGAUGUCUUUGAUAUCUUUCACAGAUACGGCCGUCUCGCCCAGAUCUCACUCAAGUCCGCCUAUGGCUUCGUUCAGUACCACAACCUCGAAGAUGCCCAAGCUGCCAUGGACAACCUGCAGGGCAGCGAAAUCAAAGGCCGCAAGAUUCAUUUGGAAAUCUCGCGAGCCCAGAAAAAGAAGGACGGCAACGAGAGAAACCGGUCGCCAGACCGUGGCGGUCGUGGAGGCCGACAGUCAGGACGUCAAGAUCGCCAUGACGGAGCCAACUCGCACCAUGAUAACCGUCGUAACCGUGAUGAUUACAGGCCGGGACGUAACAGCCCUCCCCGACGUGGUCAUGGCCGUGAGGAUAGUCACGGUCGAGAUCGUUACCAGCAGGACUCUCAUGAACGCUCCCGUGGUCGUUCGCGGUCCCCUCAGGGAUAUGGCCGCCACAACGAUGGAUACCGCCGGCGUAGCCCCAGCCCGCCGGCGGCCUAUGGUCGUCCUUCUGCAGCUGACGACCGCCUCGACAUUCCUCGUCGCUAUGGCAAUCAGGUUCCUGACGUUCAAUUCUUACUCCUCCAGGAUCUUAGCCGCGACUUCAUUACCUGGGUUCAACGCGGUUUCACCGAUCGAGGCCUGAAGGUAGACGUCAUGUUCCUCCACCCAAGCUUCCCUCGUGAGGCUAUUGUUCAACGCCAGGUCAUCGAAGGCGUACACGCUAUUGUCGAUCUCGACAUACAGGCACAGAACAUGGGUAAGAUCCCGCUCCGAGUCUUCGACCGCUCCGGAGGCGUUAGCGCCCGAUACGACGACUACCGAGACAUCGACCCGCCGAUCGCGGCAGAGCUCGUCCUCCGGGCCAAGUCACAAGCUGUGCCGGCGGCACCUUAUCAGAAUGCCCCGCCUCCCCAGCCUCAGUACCCGGGAUACGGACAGCCUUAUGGAGGGCAGCCCGUACCUCCCCAGGCACCUGCUUAUCACGGAGGCCAGGGGCCGCCACGUGGGCCUCCUGUCCAACAACCCCAACCACCGGCUGGAGUGCCAGCCGACCUCGCCAGCAUGAUGAGUGGUAUCGACAAUGCGACCUUGCAACGAUUGUUGGUUAGUUUGAACCCCCAGGGUGGACCGGCGGCUGUCAACAAUGCUGCCGGGGCUGCCAACGCUCAGCUGCAAGCCCUUAUGGGCGGUCUUCAGCAAGCGCCGCCUGCGGCACCAACGCAGCCUGCCUCGUACGGCGGACAGGCCUUUGCUCCGAAUGGCGCGCCACCCUCCAAUGGCCCGAACGGCCACCCUCCUGCAACUGGCACCGGUGAUUCCGCAGUCCAAGUUCAGAAUAUUAUGGCACAGCUGGCCAGGUAUCGGCAGUAA